UUCCCAUGGUGGUUAGUGGCUGAUAGGGUGCCUUGAUGCGCGUUUUCUUGCGCGUUUUGGGGCGCACGCAUUGAGACACACUAGUGGCUGAACGAUCGCAGCGCCAGAGUUCCCUCUAGGUCAGUUUAGGAAACUCUAUGGUUGACGCUAGAGGAAGUGCGCAUCCCAUUAUUAUACGGGAUGCCACGGGAUGCCCAAAGAUCGUGCUCAGCGUCGAAAGCGACCCGCGAAAGAUGGUGAUAGGCCGCCUUGUAAAUAUGGAUUCAAAUGUUAUCGCAAAAGUACUGAUCAUUUGGAAAAGUUCAGGCACCCGGAGAUGGGGCCGCAGUAUGACGCCGGGGUUUCUGAAGACGCACCAGCGGUCGACGAAAAGGUACCAGCGGGCAAGGACACAAAGAACGAUCUUCCCGACUCGCCUGAUGACGUGCGGGAGUCAAUUAAACAAAAGUUUUUGGUGGAAAUGCCUGAAGACUUUUAUGAUUUCUGGGACUUCUGCUGUUCUCUGAAGAAAGAAAAUCCUUCAGGUGCGACAUAUUUGAAUCACUCUUGCACCGAAAGGGCUUCUCAAUUGCAAGAUGCACUUUAUGAGCUGCUUCAUUUGAGGCUUGUCGGCCCCUUUGAUGUGCUGGCUGGAAAACUAACAAAUAAGAGCGUUAGGACGUUCGAUGACUUUCUCUGUCAUUGGCGUUACUUUUAUGAUCCUCCUGAAAUGCAGACUGUCCUAAGUGGAGACGAUGAGACAAUGUACCACAUUGGUUAUUUCAGGGAUGACCCAGAGGAGAUGCCUGUAUUCCUGGCAUCAAAUGUUGCAUCAGAAGGCUGCAAAAUUGUAAAGGUAGCUGGAAACCUGUUUGCUGUACUCAGCAAGGAGAUUUCCAAAGCCCUGGAGAAAUGCGACAACUCUCGGGACAAGGCUAAGCUGCGCAAGCUCAAUGGUGCGCUGGUGGAGUUUGCAGAGCAGAAGGGCCACUCACUGCAGGAGUCUUCCAAGAAGCGGCCUAAGCCACAGAGCGCUGCUUUCCAUGGGGCUGGACUGGUGGUUCCUUAUGACAGCAAAACGGGUGUCGGCUAUCGCAAGUUGCCCCUCUCAGAUGUUGAACUGAAGAAACUGCUGGCCAAAUUCUCUGAUGACCAUGAGGGAGGAGUCCACAAGGACAAACUGCAGGAACUUGUGACAUGGAUCCACAUUGCCAAUGAUGAGUGUGACUAUGGGAUGGGUCUCGAGUUCAGCAUUGCCCUCUUUUGUGCUGGCCAUGCCAGUCUUGACCCAACUGUUGACAUGUUGGGUGGCCUUGCCUACAAGCUCCUUAGACGUGAACCAUUUGCUUGCAUUCUUGUUGCCCACCUGAAGCGAAGACAUAAGUCCCCAAAUGUCAGUGUUCUAAGUUGACAUGAUUGUGUUUGCACAGACAAGCGAUUAGUUUAGUAGAUUGUCAGAAAUACACUUGAGCUGCUCUUUAAAAUGGGCAUUAACAUGCUCAUAUAUGCCAACUGUUCUGAACACUUUCAAGCAGGAGAGAGCAGAGAACAGCUGUCUUAGUAAACCCACUCACUGCAUUUUAUAAACAAGAAAAUGGUUAUAAUAUGUUAUGGUGCUAGCUAGGAGUUCCUCCUCUAUGCCUGAUCUUUGCUGUCACUCCAGCACCGAUUGUGCCAGGAUUGCAUUCUCAAAAUACCACCUUUAUCAUUAACCUUUGCUCUGCUCUUUUUUUUCUUUCCUAUUGGUACAGUAACUUCAACAUAAUGAGUCAUAUUACUUUGUAAGGCAGGAGUCUUUUGAACCUUGGGUCAAGAAUGUGGACAUCAAAGCUUAUCAUACUUCAACUAUCAAGCCACGAGACAUUUGAACACUGGUAUUCUCUGCAAGCAUUGUGUAGUUAAAAACAAAACUUGUUUUCAAAGCAAGGGACAAAGUUGCAUUCUCAUGUACAGAUGAUCAGUAAGCAGCUUUGGAAGAAAGUUGAGUGAACAGCUAUAGCCCAUUGAUUUUUUUUCAGUGGCACAAAUUCAUUGUUAAUUCUGCUGUGCAACAAGGCUCCGUCCUUGGCCUCCUUUUAUUUAUAAUCUUAAUAACCUGGCAAGUGUUGUUGAGUCACCUGUGAGGCUGUAUGCUGAUGACUGCAUAAUUUACCACACAAUAUCGUCUGAUACUGAUCUUAGAGCACUUCAGUCUGAUGUUAACACUACUAGCUGGUGCUAUGCAUGGCCAGUGCAUUUCAACAUUAAAAAGUAGUGAGCAUUGCCUGAAAAUUGGCCACUUGUAAACCUCCUCUGUAUCACAUUGAUGGCUGUUUUAAACGUAUCUAGGUGUUCACAUAACUGCUAACCUUUCAUGGCAAGCCUGUGUUAAAUACAUGGCUAAUAAUGCAAUCGCACCUUGGUUCACUUACACCAAAACUCUUCAAAGGCACUGUAACCUCCUAAAUUGAAUGCUAUAUAAAACAUUUCUGUGGUAUAAAAUAUGUGUGUAUCAUAUGGGAUCUCAGUAUAGCACUUGUCAUUAACCAAUUGGAUAAGCACUAAACUAUAAUGUGCAUUUCAUUCUGUCAGAUUGUCUCUGCUUUUUCAGUGUAUCAUUGACACAGCUCACUUUGCAACUUCUUGAACCCUCUCUUUGCAGAAAAGUGGCUUGUUUAUUGUAAUUCCACACCUGAGAGAUGUAUAGGUACCUCAGGGAGGCAUCUUAUUUUUCUUGUUCUAAAGUUGAAGCGCCUUUUUGUCAUCCCAAUUUUCUGAUUCAUUCAUGCCAAAGACAGCCCGCCUGCCAACCUCUGUCAUCACCAUUCUAAGUGUUUCUGCAUUUGGUUAUUACUGCAUGUAACAGCCACUAACAAUCGUACGUUUUCACUUACCACUAUCUUCUGCAGUGCCUACGGACAUUGAAGGUGUUGAAAUAAAUACUGUUUCACAAUUAUACAA